AUGAAGAUCCAGUGUGAUGUGUGUGAGAAAGCUCCGGCGACCCUGAUUUGUUGCGCGGAUGAGGCGGCGCUGUGUGCAAAAUGUGAUGUAGAUAUCCAUGCGGCCAACAAGCUUGCCAGCAAGCACCAGAGGCUUCUUCUUCAGUCCCUCUCCACCAAACUCCCUCGAUGUGACAUUUGCCAAGAGAAGGCAGCUUUUAUUUUUUGUGUGGAAGACAGGGCUCUGUUUUGUCAGGAUUGUGAUGAGCCAAUCCAUUCUGCUGGUAGUCUCUCUGCAAAUCACCAACGGUUUCUUGCCACUGGAAUCCGAGUUGCUCUCGGUUCAAAUUGCACAAAGGAGAUUGAGAAGAGCCACCAAGAUCCAAAGCCGCCUAAGCAUAAUGCUCAACCUGUUGCUAUGAAAAUGCCCACUGCACAGCAAGCUUCUAGCUUUGGGUCACCAUCGUGGGCAGUCGAUGACUUGUUGCAGUUCUCGGAUUUUGAAUCUUCUGACAAGUCUAUGCAGAAAGAACAAGUUGGAUUUGGAGAGCUAGACUGGUUUGCAGACAUUGGUCUCUUCGGUGAACAAGUCCCUCACAAGGCUUUAGCUCCGGCCGAAGUUCCUCAGCUUCCUGCACCACAGUCAAGCAAUUACGCUUCAUACAGACCCCCCAAAUCCAACAUGCCCUACAAGAAGCCUCGAAUUGAAAUAUCGAAUGAUGAUACUGAUGACUAUUUCACUGUUCCUGAUCUGGGUUGAAACUUGAAGAGACUUGUUGAAGCUUUAUGUUACAGUGGCAUCUUGGCAAAGUGUUAUGUCCUUACUUGUUCUACGCUUUUGUAUCUCUUAUGCAAUGCAAGGAUUCAAUUCAGGGGCUACCACAAUUUUCCUUCUUUUGAUUUAUUUGGGGGUUUACCAACAUGUUAAUUUUGUCUUGUGAUGGAUAUUGGGAGCUGUUAUCAUAGUUUUAUUGUACUAGAUAUUGGGAGCUGUUAUCAUAGUUUUAUUGUACUAUUUUGCA